AUGGAAGACUCUAAGGGAAUAUCCACUCCUAUGAUUGGUGGUCAGCAACUUGCUAAAGCGGGAACCUUGUUUGAUGAUCCUACUUUGUAUAGGUCUGUAGUUGGUGCAUUGCAAUAUGCCACAAUUACACGACCUGAGAUUGCUUUUAGUGUUAAUAAGGUGAGUCAGUUCAUGUGCUCUCCAAUGGAGGAACAUUGGAAAGUGGUUAAAAGGAUACUUAGGUAUCUCAAAGGAACUAUUAAACAUGGUUUGGUGUUUGCUCCUGCUCGCUCAACUUCUUCCUUCAAUCUUACAGCCUUUACUGAUGCUGAUUGGGCAGUUGAUCCCAAUGAUAGGGGAUCUACUUCGGCAGCCUGCAUUUACCUUGGUCCUAAUAUGGUGUCUUGGUGGUCCAAGAAACAGUUGCUUGUUGCAAGGUCAAGCACUGAAGCUGAAUAUCGAGCUUUAGCUCAAGCAGUAACUGAGGUCUUGUGGAUCCAAUCCCUUCUAAAGGAACUGAAAGUUCACCUAAACACUCCUAUAGUGCUUUGUGAUAAUCAAAGCACAGUAGCACUGUCUCACAAUCCAAUUCUACACUCAAGAUCUAAGCAUAUGGAACUUGAUAUCUUUUUUGUUCGAGAAAAAGUCAUCAGUAAAGCUCUUGUUGUCUCGCAUGUCCCUGCUCAGCAUCAAUAUGCAAAUGUUUUAACCAAGGCACUGUCGCCCAAAAGAUUUUUGUUUCUGUGUUCCAAGCUCAAUGUUGCUGAUCCAUCUGCUAUGUUUCAUCCCCUUGAGCUUGUGGGGGGUGUAUUAGAGAAGAGACUAGGAUAA